UUCGAAAUACUUGACCAUCCCGACCUAGUAAUUUUUCCGACCGAACAUAGAGCCUCUCCAAGUAUUGUUACCAUUGUGGUGGCACCAGCUUCCCGGCGACACUGCAGCGCGGCAGAGCUGUUCUAGGGUUACAGUGCUACCUUACAGAUCGAGUGCAGAGGCAUGGACGGGAACAUGAAGAUUGAUCUCGACAAACUCCCAAUAAAACGACUGCAAGCCAUCGACGAAGCUGGCAACGAACAAUUCCCUGCAGAUAUCGGCUAUGAAGAGAAGCGACUCGACAUGAUCCGGCGUAUUGACUUCUCUUUAGUGGUGGAGAGAGACGCGAAGAAGCAGAACAGCUCCAAGGAGGCGGCCGGGAAUCAGGCGUGGCCGUGGCAGAGCUUGGUGGAGAACCUGCAACUCGCCCAACAAGAACUGUCCAUCAUUCUUGAUCUGAUUAGCACGGUUGAAGCAAACGAUGCUGUUACGGUGGCUGGGAUGCAAAGGCCAAAACAAUUGCCUCAUGAAUCUUUGUCCGAUAUUGCAGUAUCUGCAGCAACAAAAUUACAGCGCCUCCGUCAUCUUGGGAGAUACUUCAAACAAUCUUCUAAAGCUUUGGAGCAGCAGGUGGCAAGAGAAGCAAGAUUUUAUGGAUCAUUGAUAAGACUACAAAGGAACUGGAAAGUGAAAAGGCAGCGUAUAGGACUAUCUGGUCCCGGCAGUGAGAGCUUCACAAUUGAUCUUCUUGAUAACUCAACAGCAGAGUUUAAUUUGUCACAUCGGUCAUCGAAUUUAUCUACAGUUCGCAUCGACCAUGAUCCUGCUGGAAUUCUGACUGUACAGUUUCCUUCGAAGUUGUGUCGAACUUUGUCUGUCCAAUUUCCAGGAUUCCGUUCAAGACGGAAUCAGAAGAGCUUUGUUAAAGGGAAAAUGCUUGAGUUACCCCAUUGCCGUGAGGAAGAUGAGAAAGAGGCUUUGACAGAUGAAAAUGUCAACGAACACGUCAAGGAUUCACAUUUAAUUCUCCGUGAAAUACAUCGGUCGAUUUUUCAAGAGCAGGUUUUUGAUUUGGUUAAUCGUGAGAGCUAUAAUCCUUCACCUGGAGUUAAUGUGAUAGCAAUGCGAGAAGAUCGGUUACACUUAUCAAUUGGUCAAGAAACUUCUGUGUCAUUUUGCCUCUUACAAUCUGUUGAAGAAGAGACUGACUCAAAAGAUCAGGCUCAGAAUAGGGAGAAUAGGAUUUCCAGUCAUGAUUCUUCUGAUUUAGUAACAGGGGAGGACAAAUAUGAUUCUUGUACAAGGAAUUAUCUCAACUUUCCCGAUCCAGUCAGUUUAGAAAUUUUCUUGCAGGAUCUUUUUCAUGAAAAUGUGUUUUUAAAAUCCAAACAGAGAAGCAGUUUUGGUCCUCGACCUCUUGUGUCGGGUCAGACCAUAGGUGAUGGGUGCAGUUUUUUUGGUCAUUUUUGUAUGACAAUUGCCCACAGAUUUUUUUGCAGGAAAGUAAUGUCUAUGCUUGAAGUUCUGGUAGGAGGAGUUCCUUAUCUCCAUUUGUUAUCUCAUCCUACUUGGCAUUCACGGAUAUCUUCAUGGUCACUUUCUUUGAAGGUUCCUCAGACAAUUCUCCAUUCCAGCAGAAGGAUUAAUCCAUCAGGCAGUAACGAUUUGAAGAGCGGGAUUAGGUCUCAGUUUAACACUAAGGUAGUGGUAAAUGAUGACCAGAUUAGUGUGAGUGGAGAAGGAACUCCGGGUAUUGCUGGUUCAUUAAGAGGAGAUUUCACAGAUAGUUGGUCAGUAAACAGUUAUGGCUGUGAUUUGGUUGAUCUUCCUAUGGUUAUUCUGCAUCAGGUUGCCAACCAAAUCAUUCAUUGGCUUCAUGAGGAGGCCUUGAUUGUUGGCAUGAAGGUGAGCAGGGCCUUCCUAUGUCUGUACUUUGAUCUAGACCAGGGGGAAACUCUGGGACUCCUGGCCAAUGUGGACGCUGAAGAUGUUGAAGGUUUUAUCUCGUGGUGGUUGGUUUUUGAUGACGGCUCUAUGGAAGAGGGAAAUUUAGCAGAAAACAGCGUUGAAUCCCGAAACCGUAUAUUUUUGGGACAUCUAUCUCUCGAGGCUUUGUAUUCUACACUCAUGGAUUUCGUCAGUUUUUGUGGCUCUGGUGGAAGCCAUUGAUAACCUGUGCACGCUUGGAAGCUGUAUCGAUGAGGGCUGAAUGUGCAAAAAAAAAUUCAAUCUGAAUACUUCUGGAAGUGUUGGGUUAUCCAAGUGUAUGCAGUAUGCAGUUCUUCACUUAUUUACUACAUGCUUGAGUGUUCUCCUGAAUUGUGCCCAGAUUUUGUUAGAUUGAUAAGUAUAUGUUUUAAAGCUUGUUACUUUAGGCUUUGUUUUAGUAAUUUAACUCUUUUUAUGCAUCAAUUUAUAUAUUUCUAAUGAUAAAUUAAGAU